GACUUGCCUGAAGACCUGGACAAUCUUCACUUUUGUCACAGACUGUUAAAAACGUUUGGAGUUCCAAUUCUGGUCUUGGUUUCCUAGUGAAAGAUGUUCUUCACUUGAAUGCAGUCCUUCCUGUUGGUAAAACAAGACAACUCUCUCCUCCUGUUUGUCCUCUUGUGAAUCUCUUAAGGAUGGAUGUUUUUAAGGUGUUGCUUAAUAUGGUCUGGAAUACUCUGCCCAUUUGUUGAAUUGUAAAAGACUUUCAAAUGUGCAAGUUCUGUUAAAUACAAGGAGAACCUCUAUGGGUAACUUUUGUGUUGAAGAAGUCAUUUGUCAACCAUGGUAAAACUUGCAAACCCACUUUAUACAGAGUGGAUUCUUGAAGCUAUACAGAAAAUCAAAAAGCAAAAGCAAAGGCCCUCUGAAGAGAGAAUCUGCCAUGCGGUCAGCGCCUCCCAUGGGUUAGAUAAGAAGACCGUCUCUGAACAGCUGGAGCUCAGCGUUCAGGAUGGCUCCGUACUCAGAGUCACCAACAAAGGCCUUGCCUCCUACAAGGACCCGGACAACCCUGGGCGCUUCUCAGCGGUUAAACCGGGCACUUUUCCGAAGUCAGCCAAGGGGUCGAGAGGAUCAUGUAAUGAUCUCCGCAAUGUAGAUUGGAAUAAACUUUUAAGGAGAGCAAUUGAAGGACUGGAGGAGCCAAAUGGCUCCUCCUUGAAGAACAUCGAGAAGUAUCUGAGAAGUCAGAGUGAUCUCUCCAGCACCACCACCAACCCGGCCUUUCAGCAGCGCCUGCGCCUGGGUGCCAAGCGCGCUGUGAACAACGGGAGGCUGCUGAAGGAAGGGCCGCAGUACAGGGUCAACUACGGGGGCUUAGAUGGCAAGGCCAAGGUGGCACCCCAGUACCCCAGCGCUUUGCCGUCCUCGCUCCCGCCGGUCAGCCUCCUCCCCCACGAGAAAGACCAGCCCCGUGCUGAUCCCAUUCCAAUAUGUAGCUUCUGUUUGGGGACUAAAGAAUCCAAUCGUGAAAAGAAACCAGAAGAACUCCUGUCCUGUGCAGAUUGUGGCAGUAGUGGCCACCCAUCCUGUUUGAAAUUUUGUCCUGAGUUAACAACAAAUGUAAAGGCCUUAAGGUGGCAGUGUAUCGAGUGCAAGACAUGCAGUGCAUGUAGAAUCCAAGGCAAAAAUGCAGAUAAUAUGCUUUUUUGUGACUCCUGUGAUAGAGGAUUCCAUAUGGAGUGCUGUGACCCACCACUUUCCAGAAUGCCAAAAGGGAUGUGGAUUUGCCAAGUCUGCAGACCAAAGAAAAAGGGAAGAAAACUACUUCAUGAGAAAGCUGCACAAAUAAAACGGCGAUAUGCAAAACCCAUUGGACGACCGAAAAAUAAAUUAAAGCAACGAUUGUUGUCUGUAACCAGUGAUGAAGGAUCCAUGAAUGCAUUCACAGGAAGGGGGUCACCUGGUAGGGGUCAAAAGACUAAAGUCUGUACCACACCUUCAUCUGGUCAUGCUGCAUCUGGGAAGGACUCAAGCAGCAGAUUGGCUGUUACAGACCCCACUCGGCCUGGUGCCACCACCAAAAUCACCACCACCUCCACCUACAUUUCUGCCUCUACACUUAAAGUUAACAAGAAAACCAAAGGGCUCAUUGAUGGCCUUACUAAGUUUUUUACACCAUCACCUGAUGGUCGCAGAUCACGAGGUGAAAUAAUAGACUUUUCAAAGCACUAUCGUCCAAGGAAAAAGGUCUCUCAGAAACAGUCAUGCACUUCUCAUGUGUUGGCUACAGGUACCACACAAAAGCUAAAACCUCCACCUUCUUCACUUCCACCCCCAAACCCCCUCUCUGGUCAGAGCCCCAGUUCACAAAAGUCCAGCACUUCCACUUCUUCUACCUCUCCCCAGAGCUCUUCCAGCCAGUCCAGUGUGCCCUCCUUUAGCAGUCUUACCAGUAACAGCCAGCUGAAGGCGCUCUUUGACGGACUUUCUCAUAUCUAUACCACUCAGGGACAGUCUCGAAAAAAGGGACACCCAAGUUAUGCACCACCCAAGCGUAUGCGUCGUAAAACUGACUUAUCUUCCACGGCAAAAUCUAAAGCCCAUUUCUUUGGAAAAAGAGAUCUUAGAAGUAGGUUUAUUUCUCACUCCUCCUCUAGCUGGGGGAUGGCUAGAGGAUGUAUUUUUAAAGCAAUUGCUCACUUCAAGCGAACAACUUUCCUUAAAAAGCACAGGAUGCUAGGCAGAUUAAAAUAUAAAGUGACCCCUCAGAUGGGGACCCCCUCACCAGGGAAGGGGAGCUUGGCAGACGGAAGGAUUAAACCUGAUCAGGAUGAUGAUACAGAAAUAAAAAUAAGCAUCAAACAAGAAAAUACAGAUGUAAAUAUGAUUGGAAAUAAGGAUGUCGUUACUGAAGAGGAUUUGGAUGUUUUUAAGCAGGCCCAGGAACUUUCUUGGGAGAAAAUAGAGUGUGAAAGUGGGGUGGAAGACUGUGGCCGGUAUCCCUCCGUAAUAGAAUUUGGAAAAUAUGAAAUCCAAACCUGGUACUCCUCGCCUUACCCACAGGAAUAUGCAAGAUUACCAAAGCUUUACCUGUGUGAAUUCUGUCUUAAAUAUAUGAAAAGUAAAAAUAUUUUGCUAAGACACUCAAAGAAGUGUGGAUGGUUUCAUCCUCCAGCAAAUGAAAUUUACCGAAGAAAAGAUCUUUCAGUAUUUGAGGUUGAUGGGAAUAUGAGCAAAAUUUAUUGCCAAAACCUUUGCUUGUUAGCCAAGCUCUUCCUGGACCACAAAACGUUGUAUUAUGAUGUCGAGCCAUUCCUUUUUUAUGUCCUUACAAAAAAUGAUGAAAAAGGCUGUCAUCUGGUUGGAUACUUCUCUAAGGAAAAGCUUUGCCAGCAGAAGUAUAAUGUCUCCUGCAUAAUGAUCAUGCCCCAACACCAAAGGCAAGGAUUUGGACGGUUUCUCAUUGAUUUCAGCUAUUUGCUUUCUAGAAGAGAAGGCCAAGCAGGGUCCCCUGAAAAGCCCCUCUCUGACCUGGGCCGUCUCUCCUACCUGGCCUAUUGGAAGAGUGUCAUCUUAGAGUACCUCUGCCGCCACCACGAGAGGCACAUCAGCAUCAAGGCAGUUAGCCGAGCCACGGGCAUGUGCCCCCACGACAUCGCCACCACUUUGCAGCACCUUCACAUGAUUGACAAGAGAGAUGGCAGAUUUGUCAUCAUUAGAAGGGAAAAGAUGAUACUGGACCACAUGGAAAAGCUGAAAACCUGUUCCCGGGUCAAUGAACUUGAUCCAGAGUGUCUGAGGUGGACGCCAAUUUUAAUUUCUAAUGUUGCGGUUUCUGAAGAAGAGCGGGAAGCUGAAAAAGAGGCGGAACGGCUGAUGGAGCAAGCUAGCUGCUGGGAAAAGGAGGAGCAAGAAAUCCUGUCAUCUAGAGUGAACAGUAGGCAAUCACCUGCAAAAGUACAAUCGAAAAAUAAAUAUUUGCAUUCCCCGGAGAGCCGGCCGGGGGCAGGGGAGCGAGGGCAGCUGAUGGAACUGGCUAAAGAGAGCAGUGAAGAAGAGGAAGAAGAGGAGGACGAGGAGGAGGAGGAGGAGGAGGAGGAAGAGGAGGAUGAUGAUGAGGACGAUGAGGAGGAGGAAGAGGAGGAGGAAGAGGAGGAAGAAAAUAUUCAAAGCUCUCCUCCACGAUUGACUAAACCACAGUCUGUUGCCAUAAAGAGAAAGAGGCCUUUUGUACUAAAGAAAAAAAGGGGUCGUAAACGCAGGAGGAUCAACAGCAGUGUAACAACCGAGACCAUUUCAGAGACAACAGAGGUCCUGAAUGAGCCCUUUGACCACUCAGACGAGGAAAGGCCGAUGCCGCAGCUGGAGCCUACCUGUGAGCUGGAAGUGGAGGAGGAGAGCCGGAAGCCUGUCCUGAGGAGAGCAUACCAACACCAGCCUGGGAAGAAGAGGCAGACAGAGCUGGAGGAAGGAAAAGACAAUCACUGCUUUAAGAAUGCUGACCCCUGUAGAAACAAUACGGAUGAUGAUGCAGAUAACUUGAAAGAAGGCAGCAAAGACAAUCCUGAACCUCUGAAGUGCAAGCAAGCAUGGCCAAAAGGAACCAAGCGAGGAGUCUCUAAAUGGAGGCAAAACAAAGAGCGCAAGACCGGAUUUAAACUGAAUCUGUACACCCCACCGGAGACACCCAUGGAGCCCGACGAGCAGGUCACAGUGGAGGAGCAGAAGGAGAUUUCCGAAGACAAAGGCAGCCCUGCUCUCUUGGCGAUGGAGCAGGAGGUGAAGGAGACCACAGAAGCCCCAUUGCCUCGGGAUGGAAACAGAGGGGAAGAAUCGUGCGCACCCGGGAGUCCACAUAAAUCACCAAGCGAGAAGCCAGCCGAUCUCAUCAAACCCGAGGAAGAGGAGGAGGAGGAAGAAGAGGAGGAAGAGGACGAGGAGGAGGAGGAAGAAGGAACUGAAGAAAAAGACCCAGAUGGUGCUAAAAGUCAGGAAAAAGAGGAACCAGAAAUUUCCAUGGCAAAAGAUGACCGUGUGCAUCUGGAUGAUCACGAAGAGGAAGAGGACGAGGAUGAAGAGCCAUCACACAAUGAGGACCACGAUGCGGAUGAUGAAGACGACAGUCACAUGGAGUCUGCCGGAGUGGAGAAGGAAGAACUCCCAAGAGAAGCCUUCAAAGAAGUGCUGGAAAACCAGGAGGCUUUUUUAGACCUUAGUGUUCAGCCCAGUUAUUCGAACCCAGAGGUCCUGAUGGACUGUAGUGUUGAUGUCGCAGCUUCGUGUCACAGUGAGCCUAAGGAGCUUCCUGGGGACACCGAAACUGCACCUGAGUCUGAUGAGGAGCCCCCAGAAGAACAGGCCGAGAAGCAAGACCAAAAGGACAGCGAGGAAGUGGAGUCUGAGUUCAAAGAGGGAAACACAGCAACCAUGGAGAUCGAUUCAGAGACUGUCCAGGCCGUUCAGUCUUUGACGCAAGAGAACAGGGAACAGGACGACACCUUUCAAGACUGUGCUGAGACACAAGAAGCCUGUAGAAGCCUACAGAACUACACCCAUGCAGACCAAAGUCCACAGAUCGCCACAACGCUGGACGAUUGCCAACAGUCAGACCACAGUAGCCCAGUUUCAUCUGUCCAUUCCCAUCCUGGCCAGUCAGUCCGUUCUGUCAACAGCCCGAGCGUCCCCACCCUGGAGAAUAGCUAUGCCCAAAUCAGCCCUGAUCAGAGCGCCAUCUCAGUGCCAUCUUUACAGAACAUGGAAACCAGUCCAAUGAUGGAUGUCCCAUCCGUUUCCGAUCACUCACAGCAAGUCGUGGACAGUGGCUUUAGUGACCUGGGCAGCAUCGAGAGCACAACAGAGAACUAUGAAAACCCAAGCAGCUAUGAUUCAACCAUGGGUGGCAGCAUUUGUGGAAACGGCUCUUCCCAGAACAGCUGCUCCUACAGCAGCCUCACCUCCAGCAACCUGACACAGAGCAGCUGUGCCGUCACGCAGCAGAUGUCCAGCAUGAGUGGGAGCUGCAGCAUGCUGCAGCAGACCAGCAUCAGCUCUCCCCCAACCUGCAGCGUCAAGUCUCCCCAGGGCUGUGUGGGGGAGAGGCCCCCGAGCAGCAGCCAGCAGCUGGCACAGUGCAGCAUGGCAGCCAACUUCUCCCCACCCAUGCAGCUGGCCGACAUCCCUGAGACGGGCAACGCCAACAUUGGCUUAUAUGAGCGAAUGGGGCAAAGUGAUUUUGGGGCUGGGCACUACCCACAGCCAUCCGCAACCUUCAGCCUUGCCAAACUGCAGCAGUUAACUAAUACACUUAUUGAUCAUUCAUUGCCUUACAGCCAUUCCGCUGCUGUGACUUCCUAUGCAAACAGUGCCUCUUUGUCUACACCAUUAAGUAACACAGGGCUUGUUCAGCUUUCUCAGUCUCCGCACUCUGUCCCUGGGGGACCCCAAGCACAAGCUACCAUGACCCCACCCCCCAACCUGACUCCUCCUCCGAUGAAUCUGCCACCGCCUCUUUUGCAGCGGAACAUGACCGCGUCCAACAUUGGCAUCUCCCACAGCCAAAGACUGCAAACCCAGAUCGCCAGCAAGGGCCACAUCUCCAUGAGAACCAAGUCGGCGUCUCUGUCACCAGCCGCUGCCACCCAUCAGUCACAAAUCUAUGGUCGCUCCCAGACCGUCGCCAUGCAGGGUCCUGCACGGACUUUAACGAUGCAAAGAGGCAUGAACAUGAGUGUGAACCUGAUGCCAGCCCCGGCCUACAAUGUCAACUCCGUAAAUAUGAACAUGAACACUCUGAACGCCAUGAAUGGGUACAGCAUGUCCCAGCCAAUGAUGAACAGUGGCUACCACAGCAACCAUGGCUACAUGAAUCAGACGCCCCAGUACCCUAUGCAGAUGCAGAUGGGCAUGAUGGGCACCCAGCCAUAUGCCCAGCAGCCAAUGCAGACCCCACCCCACAGUAACAUGAUGUACACGGCGCCGGGACAUCACGGCUACAUGAACACAGGCAUGUCCAAGCAGUCUCUCAAUGGGUCCUACAUGAGGAGGUAGGCGGCCUGGGCAGUCCCAGCACCCCCUGGGCAUCACUCUCGGAUUGAUCUGCACAAAUACCUAUGAAGAGUACGAUUUCAAAACCAGCAAUUGGUGUGAAUGCAAAAACAUUUGUUGGCACCAUUUAUUUAAAAAAAAAAAAAA